AUGUCAGCAGCGGAUUACUAUGGUACUUCUGGGUCUGGCGGCAGCCAGUCGCCCUAUCCGUCGCAGCCGCAGUACGGACAACCACAAUUUGGAGGACAGCAGCAACCACAAUACGCAUCGUCGCCUUACCCUUCACAACCAAGUUACGCAUCUCCUGCGCCGCAGUCGUCGCAAUAUCUGGCGCCGUACCCUUCGCAACCACAGUACGCGCGUCCCGGCUCCGCUCACUCGGACUAUCCACCCGCAUACGACGGCUCUCGGCCGACCAGCGCACAGUCGGGCUCACCGUACCCACCGGCGCGACCACACUCGGCAGAUCCGUCUUCGUACGGACAAUAUCCUCAGCAGCAUCAGCAGCAGCAGCAAAGCUACAGGGACCCCACCGACCCGAGCAACGCGCAGGACGGCGAAAAGGGACUCGGCUCCACGCUGAUUGGCGGUGGCUCGGGCGCCUUUCUAGGCAACAAGCUGGGCAAGGGAAAACUGGGCACCAUUCUGGGCGGCGCGGCCGGCGCCGUGGCUGCCAAUGUCAUUUCCCACAAGCUCCACGGCAAACACGGGCACCACGGCGGUGGUGACCCGUACGGCGGCCAUCACGGCGGCCAUCACUCGUCGGGCGGGCUGCUGGGCAGCGUGGGUAGUCUAAUCGGCGGCGGUAGCAGCCACCACGGCAGCGGACACUCGAGCCCGUACGGCCCUCCGCCCUCGCAUCAUGGCGGUCACCAUGGACACCAUGGCCAUCAUGGCCAUCAUGGAGGUCAUCACGGAGGCCAUCACGGGGGUCACCAUGGUGGUCAUCACGGAGGACACCACGGUGGAUGGUAG